AUGGAGAAACUCUGGCUUUUCUCCAACUCAUUCAUGUGCGUGAUUUCAGUUUCGACUGCCAAUGCAAUUAGUGCGGACAGGCUUCUUGCGUUGUCUUUGGGAAUCAGGUAUCGCCAAGUUGUGACAAUAAAACGAGCUCGCUUUCUAGUUGUUUUGUUGUUGUUGGUUUUCACAGGAACCUGCUUCCUAUUAUUUACGAACGAAUUUGCUUCUCUCGUCUUUCACGUCAUAAUAUGUUCUUUAUGGCUAGUUGUCUCCACCCACUGUUACACGCGAAUCUAUCUCACUCUCAAAAAUCACAUUCAGGCUCAAAUUACUCCACAAGGCCACCUCAAUGGGAUAUUGCAGCCUUGCUCUUGGUGCGAUACAAAAUAACAGUGUCCAGCGCUUUAUGGGUUUUAGCUGCGAUGAUAAUCAGUUACCUUCCUUACAUAUCAAUCUUUAAUUUAAUAUUGCCGGUUCUUCUGUCAGUUCUCCAUUAAGCUUUUCUCCUAUAACACGUAACUUGUUUGCAAAACUUUGCUUUAUCUAAAUUCUACAGUUGGUCCCAUUCUGUACUGCUGGAAGAUCAAGGAUUUUAGAAAUGCAGUCAAAGAAACUCUGGAAAAUCUUAGGCUGUAAAUAAAGUGUUUCGGCUGCGAUGUCAAGAUUACUGAAUAAUUAUUCCAUGUCAAUUACGUCACACUACAUUAAUUCCUCAAGUCCGAUGGAAUCAAUUCAAUAGAAACAAAAAUUGGUGGCGCGUUGUCAAGUCAACCAUUGACAUAAAACCUUGCAGUAAAAAUAAAUUCAAUCUGGGGAAAGCUAACACUAACCUCAGAACUAGCGACGCCAAGAAAAGACUUGGGUCAUUUUUACUCCUUGGCAGACCGAUUCAACAGACACCGAUAUCAAAAAGAGUUUCACUUGUCUUCACUUCAUAUGCCAAAUUUUGUCCAACUAGCUCAUUAAUUAUAUUACUAAGAGUGUGCAAAUGCGAGGGUUUUCAGAGACAAAGCAACGUUUUAAUUUUCAAAAUAAAAAUACUCAUUCCUAGUGUUCAAAGUAAUAAAUAACACAGGCCCUGCGAUCAAAAUGCUCCCUAUGGAGAAACUUCCAUUUAUCUUUAACUACCUUCCUGUUAAUCUGUCGCAAGGAAAAGUAAUUUAAGGUGUUCAAUGACGACAGAAAUAAUUUUCAUAGAGGUACUCCACUGUUUCCAUUACACGAAUACAGCAUUACUGAUUAUCCUUGAGAAAAUAACAGCACUUCGCUAAAAUCAACCAGCACGUUAAAUCAAUGAAAUUUUAAAGGACAAUUAUUUAAUACAUCGAGCUGAAAAAUCAUCUCAGCCUCCGAAAAUAACGGAAGGCUUCCUUUUUCUUCCUUGAGCGGCCCGUCAUAUCACAAAAAUAUUAUGAAAAUGAUCUUCACAUUAUUUUGACCAUAAACCAGGGUAAAAUUACCAAUUCAAGUCCAAAAUAGAAUCAAUCAGUGGGAUAAAAUCAAUAUACUGAAUCCAAAUCCUUUGAUCCAAGCGAAGAGAUAUUUUUCGCUAAAAACUACAGAGCUCUAGCACCCCCUAUCUUCGGAAUGCGACAGUAAAUUUCCAAAAAGGUCGAUAAAAUCUGCCAAUAGAAAAUUUUGUUUCAUUCACCUUUCGUAACUCAGAAAUAAUAAAGAACACAGCUAAUAUGCCUUUUUAAGGAGAUCGACAUACACCAGGCAAUAUACUUUGCUUAUGGUAUGAUAACCAUAACUAUCCACACCAAAUUUAUAAACAUUCCAACGUAUUCCAUACCCUAAGAGCACUUUAACGAAAACUGGAGUCUCAUAAAAAGCAAGGAUAAAAAGAAACACUUGUUGUAAAUUUUCUAAAACCUUACAAGAAAGAUCAUUCAUGUUUAAAGACUUCCUUCUCAAAGGGCUAAAUACACUAACAACAUGGAAAAUGAAUUGGAGGACUAUUUCCUGACAUACAUUUAAUUACUAACACAGGCUCAACAAUCCAUACAGAAGAAAGUGCAGCUUCAUAAUUAUUUGGCUCUUCCGUUAUCAAACGUCCUUUCAUUACAUUGCCUGCAAGCGUAAUUUAAGGAGUGCAAUGACAGCACGUAGCCCUUAAUUCCGAUAGGCGAAAAGGCCAUAGCUAUCUGCUUAUUCUUUGAAUCAUUAGUGCUCUUUGCAUAAAUACUGAACAGGAACCACGAAUUUUCAAAGGAUGAAGAUUAGGGCAUCGAGCCAAAAAAUCAAAACCUUUGAAGAAAAUUGGAAAUUGGUCGAUUUUGCUUGAGACACGGAUUUCGCUCGUUUCUUGUGUGUUGUAAGACAUUCAUGUACCUAUACUAAAACAACAAUCAGUGUGAUCGGAUCUCUUUACUUUUCGGAGUUUUACGGAAAUUAAAUUUCACUCGAGCAAAGGCUUGUCGUGACACUUUUCAAGACUUUAAUUUCAUACAACUUUGGAGGACAAUUUACAAAAACCUACGGAACUCAGAAAAAAACAAAUACCACAGCCAUGUAUAUUAACUUUAUCUUAUCUAUUGAGGCGACUUUCGUAAACAUCACGUUUCAAUCAAGGAAACAGGAAGACUUGAACGACACCUUAUCGGUUCGCCUAAAUCACACACGCCAAAACCGAUCAAAACCGAUCUUAAAAUAAUCUAGGAAGUAGUUUACGAGAACUUUAUACUCAACCUAAUUUUCGGACAAGUUUGGCCGCCAUUUUCGAAUGUAACCGAUAUAAACAGGUAGAUAAAAAUCAAUUCAAAAAUAACAAAAUUUGAAACUGUUCGUUAAACAUACGACCAUUUCUUCCAACAAUUCAAACACUACGACUAGUGUUCAUCUUCGCGGCAAUAUCACGCUGGUAUUUUGAUUUUCCGAUCGACAAGCACGGUGAUCAGGAAUGGAUCGGAGUGUUUACCUCAUAAACGUGACCGCUGACCAGCCGCUGAGUGAAAACAGUGUAGCGCAGGGUGGGAUGGGUGGCGGACUUAUCGUCAUAUGAUAUUCGAAUACAUGCUUAAAAAGCUUUAGGACCAUCAGUCUAAACAAUGAAGGCAUGCUUCGUGGUACAGACAACUUUUAUUUUAUUUUCAUAACUUUCUCCUUUAAAUUAGAGCUGGUAUUAAAUAAUAGAGUUAACAAUAUAUUUUUAACCGGGGUACCCAUAUAACCUUUUUGCCCGUCAUCAGUGGUAUAAAAUAAGGUGUAUUUUCCACCAGAACCUUUUAUUUAUGCCCCAUUGCACGGAAUGAACACUAUACUUAGAAUGUUUGUACUAAGUAAUUUUUGCCGUUCCCAAGAAUGUAUGCAAAAUGAUAGAGAUUUGAUUCAUUCCACCGACACGUUCUUUCAAGUUAAGGCGCGUGCAGGUUUUUCCUAUCAAAAGUCGCGCGUGCAACACACCGGAAUUGAAAAUUCAUCGUAAAAUCGCACGAACCUUAGAAUGAGUGUAGGCAACUUUGACUUCUGGCGAGAGGAAGUGGAUGGUUCAAAGGACCCCCUGAGAUUUUUUUCAGGACUAUAACUGAGAUUUGUUUAUAACUAUGAUAAUCGUCAUCAAUAGCGGACGGUGCUUUUUACCCAUUGUUGUCAUCAUUAUCGUUAUCACGCCGGAAGAAGUAUAAAGCCGGCAUGUCGCCUUACCUAACUACACAACUACACAAAAGAAAAUUGUUCUCUCUUUUGCUCCCCUUGGAUCCUGGAAACUGUUACUAUUAAGACGAUCAACAAGAAAGCCUUUAUAAUUAUUGAAACUUUUGAUUAUCAGAAUGUAAGAAAAAAUCGGUGGGGAGAGUUAUUCGCGUAUCUUAUAACCUAAACGAUAGUUUUCAAUAAAACAAAUACCCCUUAAUUCAAUUUACAUUAGUUGUCUCGUGUUUAAAAGUGGCGUUUCUGGGGACCGUAGAUUCUUCUCUGAUUCUUCUUGUCUCAGCCAAGACUCACUAUCAUCAACUUUUUUCUUGUGCCUCUUACGGUAUGGGACACAGAGAGCUGAGGUAAGCGAUUGCAAACUUCUCAGUUAAAGUAAAGCCCCGUAGCAUCCAUCAGGAAUUGAAAACCGUGAUGCACAGUUUAAUUUUAUUAUUCUUAAUCAAAUAAGGGGUGUUUUAGCCUGCAAAUUUAACCAUACUGGUUAAUGAGAAUCAUACAAACUGAGGAAAACUGACCGCAAAUGAUUGUGAUACUUUAAUGCAUAUGUUCGAAUGUUCCCAAAAAUCUUCUGAUAAUCUGCCCGCACCCACCCCUCACCCCACCCUCACCACUGAACCGUACUGUUUUCACUCAGCGGCUGGUCAGCGAUCACGUUUAUGAAGUAAACAUGGCGAUCGCUACCUGAUCUCCGUUCUUGUCGAUCCGAAUGUCAAAAUACCAGCGUGAUAUUGCCGCGAAGAUGAAGCAGUUAUGUUAUUUGAUUUGUACUUCACAUUCGAGUCGAAGCUUGGGUGGCACAGGUUAUUUCUUACGGUGGAAUCGACGAGGGGAAUUCGAACACUAGUUGUAGUGUUUGAAUUGUUGGAAGAAAUGGUCGCAUGGGGAUGGUAAGUUUAACGAACAAUUUCAAAUUUUGCAGCUUGAAUUGAAAGUAAAGUUCAUUUGGAUUGCUUUCGUAUGUAUUUUUGACGGUUUUUGAUCUACCUGCUCGAUUUAUAUCGGUUACGCUUCAUGUUGACAAGUCCCUCAAAAUGGCGGCCAAACUUGGAGAUUACCAAAAAUUAGGUAAGUUCACGGAGUUAUAAAGUUCUCGUAAAGGUCGGGCCGCAAAGUUUUUUUUCUGAAGUUACCUUUUCUAUGAUAACUACUUCCUAGCUAUGUUAGUUGGAUCAGUUUAGAACGCCUCACUUUUUUAAAAAAUUACCUUGAAUCUGAUCGGUUUUGGCGUGUGUGAUUUAGGCGAACCGAUAACGUGUCCUUCAAGUCUUCGUGUUUCCUUGAUUGAAACGUGAUUUUUACGAAAGUCGCCUCGAUAGAUAAGAUAAAGUUAAUAUUCAUGGCUGUGGUAUUUGUUUUUUUCUGAGUUCCGCAGUUUUUUGUAAAUUAUCCUCCAAAGUUGUAUGAAAUUAAAGUCUUGAAAAGUGUUACGACAAGCCUUCGCUCGAGUGAAAUUUAAUUUCCGUAAAACUCUGAAAAAUAAAGAGAUCCGAUCAAACUGAUUGUUGUUUUAGUAUAGGUACAUGAAUGUGUUACAACACACAAGAAACGAGCGAAAUCCGUGUCUCAAGCAAAAUCGACCGGACCGCUCUUACAGAGACACUCUCUUAAUAAUCAACUCAUUUCUCUCGGUGCAAUUUGGACCACCAGCAAUCAUUGAUUAUUUUGCUGAUCUUAACAGAUAAGCAAAUACAAAAGUUCCUUUUCCUGUUUGUCCUUGUACCCCGAGACAAAAACAUCUUUCAUUAAUACCAAACUAUAGACACCAACUUUGUAAAUUUAAUCUUACAAGACAAUUAUUUUAGCCAUCAAGCCGACAAAUCGUACAUAAUUCUACCGAAACCUGCAAAAUCUCUACAACGAAGAUCAGAGCAUAGAACCGUUAUCAAUAUGAUCCUCACUUAUAGUCACUGUAAAAUUCAAUUAAAUACCGUUGAAAUUUGGUCUAAAGAACUCAUUAAUUAUUCACAUUCUAUUGAUUUUUGAGGGCAGAUGCGCCAUUAUGUUUUUCGUUCCAAUCACCAAACGUCCGCUUUCUUGAGAUAAACAGUAUUACUUCGAAGACAGAAAAGUAGAGAGUAAAAAGGUUGUUCCUUUCAUUGUCUUUUGAUCACGUAGUUUCUGUUAUAGUCACGGGAAUCACUUUAGAAUUUCACUUAUCUUGA